UCCUCUCAGCCCAGGGAGCCUGGUCUACAGGCUGGUAAGGUAGCCAGUCUAUUCCGUGCCCAGUGCUCGCUCACCUUGUAUUUUGAACGGUAAAUACGGUAAUGAGAGGGCAGAAAUUCAGAAGAUCGUACGGGAUACGACCCACUCCUGGAGUGUCCCGGCGACGCUACGUUUACUGAGCAUGCUCUGUUGCUCUAUCAUCGUUGCCCGCCAGUCCAUUUGUAUCAACUUGGCUGCUCUUGCUGGCCUUCGCAUUUGCUCUAUCGUUUCUCCUUCUUCUCCCUCAGACCCUCUUCUCCCCCAGGAAGACAAAAGCAGACCGUCUGACUCGGAACUGGCCGCCAAAAUCCCCGCUCCCCGAUCUAUUUCCUACGUUGUGUUUUCCUGUUGCACACACCUCAAUACUUAUACAGCACACCCUCGCACACAGUCAUCUGGAACACAUUUGGUGGGGACACAUAGUGGUUCCAGGCGCCGCCAAAUUGCAUCACGACGAAACCUGGCUAUCCGGAUCGUCACGCCCGAGGGAUGGGCUGAGGAAUGGCCCAACUUGCCCCGCGAUUCCUUGAACACACCCCCAGCCUUAGGGAUUAAUAUCCCGUCCAGAAGCGACACCAAGGAGGAGGCAACGAGCCGUCGAACCAGGAGCCUUGACUCUAGUUUCGUUAGUGUCGCAACUCGAAAGCCUUGCUAUUAAUCUGGGCUCUUCACUCUACCUUACUGGGUCGUCCUCAGGUCCUCUCGUGAUCAGUGGCCUCCUCAUUCUUCCCUCCUCUUAUUCCGCACACGGAGAGCACUAACGUGAACCCUGCCGGUGUGGUCCCCAGUCUCCCCUGUGGCCCCCGUCAUUUCUUACAUACCCGCCGCCCCUCCGCCGGUCCGCCUGGUCAAGCACCGUACUCCAAACUCCACGCCUCGGCGAACAGGCUGCACAACCAAUAACU